UAUCCCCCCGGAGAAAGCCCUGCCGCCGGGGUGCGCCCCGCCGGUUUGAUCGCUUUCUGCGGCGGGGAGGAGGAGGAGGAGGAGGAGGAAGGCUGCUGGCUGCCCACCCCCUCCGCCCCCCAGGGUCCCUCCAGGCAGCAAAGCUCCUGUCGUCGUGUGUCCCCCCCCCCCCCAGGUCGGGCUCGGUGGUCCCGGGCCGGGCAGCCGCGAUGGCCGCGCUCAGCCUGUCCCAGCUGCUGGACGUCGCCAUCGGGACGCCCGAGGUCGGGGCCGUCAACUUCACGGCGCUGCACAGCCUGUUGCAGGCCGUGCUGGGGCACCUGGGCCUGCAGGACCGGCCGGCCCGGCAGCGGGGGCACAGCCCCAGCCCCCUCCCGCGGGGGGACCCGCCUGCCGAGGCUCACCCCGGCCGGGAGGAGGAGGGGGACCGGGACCGGGGCGCGGGGCAGCACCCCUGGGAGCCGGGGGAGCGGCUGCCCGGGAAGGACCCGCUGCAGGGGACCCCCCCGGUCGCCUCCGUGGCCCCCGACCUGGGUCAGAUGAAGGAGAAGAUCGAAGCGAACGAGAGCAGCAUCUCCAAGGCCAUGGCUCUCUCCCAGGAUCUCCUCGAGGAGAUUGGCGGGAUGAAGGCGGCGCAGUCCCGCAUGGGAGAGGACAUCCGGACGAUCCAGGAGGUGCUUGGCUUGGGGAACCUCCAGGACGCCGCUGGCCGACUGCCAGGCCUCCGCGACCAGACAGCGUUGGACAGUGAUGUGAAAAAGCUGAAGGAAAGGCUGAGCCUCUACCCGGCCCCGGAGGAGGAGGGCAGUGGGGGCCAGUCUGCCCCCGCCAAGACCCCUACUUCAGAUGUGGACACCCCAUGUGGGGCAAGCUCAGCACUGGGGCUGAAAGGACCAGGGACACAGCCUGCACCCAGGACCAGCAAAGGGAUCAGCGAGGGGACUCCAGGAAUACAGCCUGGCUCCCUGGGGAUGCAAGCAGGGAUGCAGAGAAUACCAGAAACCCCUGAGAAGUGGGCAGGCACACCCUCAGAUCGGACGGGGACUUCUGAUGCCAGCACCACCACCCCAGGGAUGCAGCCAGGAUCCCCCGGCACCCAGACCACCACCCCAGGGAUGCAGCCAGGAUCCCCCGGCACCCAGACCACCACCCCGGGGAUGCAGCCAGGAUCCCCCGGCACCCAGACCACCACCCCGGGGAUGCAGCCAGGAUCCCCCGGCACCCAGACCACCACCCCAGGGAUGCAGCUAGGAUCCCCCGGCACCCAGACCACCACCCCAGGGAUGCAGCCAGGAUCCCCCGGCACCCAGACCACCACCCCGGGGAUGCAGCCAGGAUCCCCCGGCACCCAGACCACCACCCCGGGGAUGCAGCCAGGAUCCCCCGGCACCCAGACCACCACCCCGGGGAUGCAGCCAGGAUUCCCUGGCACCCAGACCACCACCCCGGGGAUGCAGCCAGGAUUCCCUGGCACCCAGACCACCACCCCAGGGAUGCAGCCAGCACCUCCAGGGACCCAAGGAGGGCAAGCAGGGGUUCAGCCAAGCCCUCCCUACAUGGAACCCAGCAUUCCUGGCACUGAGAAGGUCCCUGCUGAAGCCACGCCUGGUGCUCUGGGGACACAGAAGGAUGCCACAAGCCCCAGGGAGGGAGGCAAGGCUUUUCCCAGCACAGAGCUUGCCCGGGCAGGCCAGCUGGCAGCGGGGACCCUCUCACCGACAGCCCAGGGGUUUGAGAUCCCCCUUGAUGCCGCUCCCAAGGCCAAGUCCCCUUCGCAAGAGCCAGAAGUGCCCUGGGGGUCCUUGGCCUCCAGCAGCGCCUCCAGCCGCUACGCAGAGACGGUGGAGGCUCUCCACCAGAUCGGGCAGCUCGGCCACCUCUACGCUGCCCUGAAGGAGCAGGUGGCCCAGCUGGAAACCACCAAGUCAGACCAGGCUGAGCUUGAGAAGCUGCGCCUACUCUUCCCAGAGGCAGACCAGGAGAACAGUACCAGCAUCCUGGCCGACCUCCGGGGCCAGGUAUCAUCCCUGCAGGGCCUGGCCAGUGACCUGCAGGGCGAGAAGGAGAAGAUCAGGCAGCUGGAGGAUGCCCUUGGUAAGCUGGGGGUGGCCGGAGCCGACUGGAAAGCAGAAGGCAGUGACCAGAUCACCCUGCAACUGGGGUCCACGCUGCAGGAGAUAAAGCGGGAGCUGAAGGAGCUGGGAGAGCAGCAGGAGAUGACCAAGGCCAUGCUGGAGCAGUUGGUGACCAACACGGCUGACCAGCUGCAGGAGCAGCUGGACGAGCUGAGGGCGACGGUGGAGGGCGCGGGGCAGGAGCCGGCAGAGGCGCGGGCCGAGUGCCCCGUCUGCAGCACGGACAUCAGCGUGCAGGUGGGGCAGCUCCUCCAGCGCUACGAGAAGCUCCAGGAGCUGGUGGACUCUCUCAUGUCACGGCAGGCGGUGGGCAAGGGGGUGAGGCAGCUGCCGAGGAGGAGCCAGGAUGAGGAGCUGCUGAGGCGCAUCCAGGCCACCAUCGUGCAGGUGCAAGGGGACUACGAGAAGCUCAGCUCCGUCACUGGGAACCUCCUGGAUGACCGUCAGCAGAAGCAGAAAGAUAUCGAGGCUCUGUUCCAAUCCCUGGAGAGGCUGGAGAAGGAGAAAGCAGACAAGGAGGAGCUGGUGCUGGGAAUCGAUGUGAAAGCAGACAAAGCCGCCCUGGCCAGCAAAGUCAGUCGUGCCCAGUUUGACGCAAGCAUGGAGCGGCUGAAUGAGGUGGUCCAGGAGAUGCUGAGCCGGGUGACGGGCCAGGAGGAGGGCUGGCACCGGGUCCAGCGACAGCUCAGUGAAGAGAUGGGCUCCAAGCUGGACCGCCUGGAGCUGGGGCCUUUCCGGCAGCAGCUGGAGGAGCACUGGAAGAGCAUCCUGGAGCAGCUCAAGGAGAAGGUGCCGCAGACAGAGGCUGACGAUGCGGCUGGGAUUAAGAAGCAGCUGCUGGCUCAUUUCCACUGCAUGUCCUGCGACCGCCCCCUCAGCAUGCUGGUGCCCGGCCCGCACAUCGUGGCCAUCCCAUCCAUGCCGCCGCUGCCCCCCCACCUCGCCGGGCGCCCCCAUACCAUCCUCGAGCUGGAGCAAACGCAGCAGCACGGCCUCAGGGAGCGGGCAGCCGAGUGCGGGUACCCCAGCGUGCCGCGGCACUGCGGGGGCCGGCACACCCUCACCCACCCGCUGCAGCGCUGCCCGCGCCUCCAGCCCCUCCCGCCCGGCGCCCCACGGCCGCUCCAGCCCCCCAUCCUGCUCCCCUUCAAGCAUGACGAGAUGGAGCUGUUGGGCCAGGACGGCCACAUCUACAGGGGCCGGCGGGACGGGCAGCUGCCGGUGCCCGUGGGCAAGGAGGGCUUCCCAAGGGACAAGCCCACGCUGUCCCCAAGGCGGUGGGACGCCCGCGACACCGGCCGCCUGCUCUUGCGGCCCCAGAGCGCCGGGUCCUCGCUCAGCCAGCCGGGCACCGCCGCCUCGCUGGAGCACAGGCCCGCUUCGUCCCACGGCCACCCCUUCCAGGCACCGGGGCCCCUCCCGCCCCUCCAGUCCCCGCGGGACGGAUCCAGCACCCCGUCAGCCGUGCGGGACUGGGGGUCCCCGGCCGAGCCCCCACCACGCCAGCCGUCGAGCAGGCGAGCGAGCGUCUCCAGCCAGCAGCAAUAAAGGCGACGAGCAGCCAAGCGCCUGCGUGGCCUCCGUGGGGUGGCCCUGGGUCGGGAUUUUUCCAUCGUGCAAAAGGCGGGAUCGGCAGCAUCCCUCGUCCCACGGCCACACAUCUCCGGAGGAGCUGAAAACAGCCCUGGUCCAACCCCCUGCUGGGGUCUGUGUUGGCCCCCCCCACUCCCCCUGACACCCCCCAGCCUCCAUGAGCCCCAGUGGCCUCUGCCAGGGGAGCCCCAAAGGGGUCUGGGGGAACCCGGUGGUGCAGCAGGAGGAGGAUGAUGCUCGGUUGCUGCCGAAGGUGAUGGGAAACGGGGAUCCCAGCAGGAAGAGCAGCAGCAGGACACGGCUUAAUGCUAAAAGCAAAUCCCACCCCAAGCCCGCUGUUUUGCUGUCGCUUAUCCCGAGGGAUGAGCACCACCAAGCUGGUUUCCUUAUCUCCUAGUGGAGAAACCCCCCUCUUUGGCACCCCCUGCCCCCUUCCAACUCUGCCGUCAAUGGAAAGAGGAAGGCACUAACCUGGCUGCUGCCUGGCUUGGGGCAACUGAUGCUUCGCACCUCCAGAACAAAGCACUAGAACCCCUUCUUUUCCCCCAAUGCUGGGGGGGGACAUGUGCCCCCCACCUUUCCCUUAUGCCUCCAUGGCUUGGGGCUGCUUUUCCCCACCCCCCCUUUCUGCCACCCAUCCUCUUGCUGUCGGGUGGGAAAAGCCCCACUCUGCGCUGAGAUCUAGCACAAGUUGUGUCACAAGUGGUCAGGUACCGGGCAGGGAAACCACAGUCCCUGGA